GAGAAAAUAAUUCAUGUAUUACCUAACCUAAUCUGACCUAACAUCUGUGUGUUUAUAAAAUUUAACACGCAGUAUUUUUGUACCAUAUAGUCUAAACAAAGAUUUCCUUUGAAAUAAUCUUGAUUUAAUUUAAUCGACUCGCCGAUGUGAAAAAUUAACUUGUCAAAAAAUUAUGUGCAAGGAGGAUUAAAAUGGAGACGAGGAGCAACAAGACUAUACAAAAAGACAAGAGUCAGCCUUCUUUCAAUAACAAGGAAGGCAUGAUUUCAUUAUUGAACGCUGUUUUCAAGUAUGGAUAUUCAGAUCUUUCUCCAACUAUAUUGCCAGACAUGUCUAAGGAGGAGUGUUAUUCUGCGAUUCAGUCAGUAUUUGAACAGGCAAAGAUCGCUACUGAUCAGAAGCCUUCAAUAAUCGAUUGGUUGAACAGCAGUAUAUUUGAUGAGUGUGGAGAUAAAUGCAAUGUACCCUUGGCAUUGUUAUUUAUUAGCUUGUACGAGCAGCAUCCAUUGUCUGAACAAGAAAAUCAAGAAUGCGACUUUAGGGAAAUAUAUUUUUUUCUUUACAAGAUGACGACAAAUCAAACUGCAUCGCAUCUUUCACACAACUCUGCAAAGAUCUUACAUAAACUAUUAUCAGAAUUAAUAGAUAAGGUGUGGCCAAGUAUGCAGCAAGAGCUUGUCGAGUAUCUAAGCAAUGUACAUAUUUACAGCAGAUCUGAAGUCAGGAGAACAUAUUCGGGAAAAAGAAUUUCUCCGAGGAGAAAAGCAGCAAAGAACCGUUUCUUCUAAAACUACAUAUGAUUUUUUUCAAUUUUUGGCUACAAUUUUCAAAUUUUUUUAGUCUAAAAUUUUUAGACUCAAAGUUUUAAAAUACUGAAGAGGAUUGUGAAAUUUAAAAAAAUGGGUGAAUAUUGAGGGCUCAAAGUCCUUCGCUGUUGAACUGCUAGGACUCCAAGGUUCUCCUCGUGCCAAUGUAGCAAUCUAAGGAAAGAGAAAUGUACGUUUGAGAGAUGAAUAAUGAGAUGACAACUGGGAAUAGAUUUAUUCAACUAUUCAUCGUCACCUUGUCCCUGUAUAAUGCUGCUGCUUUUGUAUUGUAACGCUGUGAGAUAGACAUGGACUCGUCCCAGUCGGGUUGACUCUCGAAAAAUU